AUGAUGAACGAAAGCACAAGUAAUGGAGCAAACAAUCAUCAUGAUCCCUCCAUGACUUUCACAUCCACUCCUCCAUCCUCCAUUUAUCAAGCUCAUUCAUCAUCAAAUCGAUAUUCAGCUUCUCCAUUUUCAGGGGCGGGCUCAUCAGGAAUUCCACUUCAAACUCUUCUAGAUGAGAAGGAACAAGAAGAAUUAAUUUCAAAAUUUCAUUCUCAAGCUUGUACUCAAUACAAAUUGUAUUCAUAUACAAUCGGAACAGCAUGUGCUAUAUUUUGUGUUUUAUUUCUCUAUUUUGCAUAUGUCGCCGAAGAUUUUGGAGAAUCAAUCGGAAUGCAACGUGUGAGGCUCAUUCAUACACUUUGUAGUGUUGGAUUGCUUUGCUUGAGUGUGCGAUGUUUUUAUAGAUAUGCUCUUUGGAAGAGAUCAAAGAAUCUGAGUACUGAUAGUAACACGAAUAGUUCAAAUAUGAGAAGAAAGAGAGAGGAAUCGAUUUUACUUGAUGUCUCAUACAAUGAGGAUGAGGACAUUUCUUCAUCCUUGAAUAUAGUUGCUCCUUCAGAAUCGUGGACUCUUCUUCAAACUCAUGAAUUUAUUGCCUUCAAACAGCGAAUAUUGUUUAUUUGCUUAUUUGUGGCUGUAUUAUUUGCUGCUAUUGAGCUUUUAUUGUGGGCUCCACACCUGCAAGAGCAAUUCACAUCACUCUAUUCAGACGUGGACGUUAAAGGUGAUGGUUUCCACACCUUUAAAUUGGCCAUUUUAAUAUUUCCAUUUGUUUUACCAUUGAUGUUAGUUGCCUCAGAGUAUGGCCAUUACUUGUUGAAUCAGAAUUUUCUUGAAAUUAUUGAUUUGAGCGAGCAUCGAUACAAGUUUAAGAGCUUGUGA